AUGUCGUCUCGAUCUCCCAGGGAUUCGGGUGCGAAGAAAACACAGAAUAAGGCGCUAUUGGCUCACGUUGAGGAUCUCGAGAAUCGCCUCGCCCAGUAUGAGGGACGGAAUCAAGAUAUGGAAGGAUGGCUUCCCGAUGCUGCCGAUGAACCUUCCCAGUUAGUAUUGCCCUCCUACGUGGAUUAG